UGUAGUUCAUCUACAGACUGAAGUAAACACUUUACAAGACUAUUUUAAUGAUUAGCUCACACUGCUAGAUAAUGAUACGCAUAGCACUUGAUUUUGGUUCUCAUGUAUCGACUUUUCCUAUGUACUGUAGGUUACAGAGCAAUGCCGUAAGACUGGAUCAAGAGAACAGGUUUACGACUAUGUUGUCGCCGAUAUGGCAGAACUGGAUAUUAUAGAAACUGUCGUCGAGGCUGCUGUCCAAAAGCUUGGUGGCCUUGACAUCAUAGUGUUGAACCAUGUCUUUUAUUUGCCUCUUAAUUUUUGGACUGGUUCAAAACACAAUCUAUCAUCAAUUAAACAAGUUAUGACUGUGAACUUCGAAUCAUACAUCCAUCUUGCGUCCUACGCACUUCUUCACUUGGACAAAAGUAACGGAAGUAUUACAAUCGUCAACUCCAUAUGCGGCAAGGUUGCUUCAGCCCUCACUGCAUCUUAUAGUGCAGCAAAAUUUGCACUGGAUGGAUUUUUCAACGCACUACGUCAGGAAUUAAUGACAUAUAAUAGUGGGAUUUCUAUAACACAGUGUGUUUUAUGGUAUAUUA